AUGCCGCCCCGCCAGCGCCAGGGCCUCACGCAGCUGCAAAAGUACGAGAUAUGCCGCCUGCGCGCCCAGCACCCGUCCAUGAAGCUCGCCGAGUUCGCGCAGCUGCCGCUGUGCCCGCGCCGCCGCGACGGCCGCCCGCUCGCAAUCUCGAGCCUCGCGGACCACCUCAAGGGCUGGGAGGAGACCGUCAAGCAGGGCCCGCCGGAAGGCGCAGAGGCAAACAAGAAAAAGUCGCGCCCGGCCAUGUUCCCCAUCUUCGAGUACCUGCUGGUGACCUGGAUCGACGCGGCCGAGGCUGCGCGCCAGCCCAUCACCGACGAGGCCAUCCGCGCGCAGGGCAAGCGCAUCCAGGAGCGGCUGUCGUCGGGCCGCGCCGACGAGUGCCGCGAGACGUACGACAGCUUCGAGAUGAGCAGCGGCUGGCUGCAGGGCUUCAAGCAGCGCCACAACAUCGACCAGCACAAGCGCCACCGCCAGGUCGGCGGCCCGUUCGACGCCGCGGCCAUACCGACCCACCGCGCGAGCUUGAGUGUGGGGUUGAGGCAGUUUGCGCCGGCGGAUAGGUAUAAUUGUGAUGAGGCGAGGCUGCACUUUGAUCGCCAGCUGGAGCUCCCGGGGGUGGAGGCGCCGGGGGCGGGGGGUGGGGGUGAUGGGGCGGGUGCUGGGGGCGAGAAGGAGAAGGAGAAGGAGAAAGGGCGGUUCACGGUGUUCCUGUGCGUCAAUGCCGACGGCACCGACAAGCGGCGCAUCACGGUCAUGAGCAAGAUCCGCACGCCCGCCGUCUUCAAGCGGGAGCGCAUCAACCCGGCCAACCUGCCCGUGACCUACCGCUACAACAAGAAGACCUCGCUGCCCACCGACCUCUGGUACGAGUUCCUGCGCACCUUCGACGCCGACAUGCGCGACGCCCGGCGCCGCAUCGCCCUCGUCUGCGAAAACUGCCCCACCUACCCAACGCCCACGAAACCCCCGCCAAACUACAAGGGCCCGCCGCCGCCCGUCCUCACAAACAUCACGCUCUUCUUCCUGCCCACAAACACGGCGGCCCUCCUGCAGCCCCUCAGCCAGGGCAUCGUCACAGCCUUCAAAGCCACCUACCGCAAGAUGUGCGCAGAGCUCCUCCUCGACCACCACCACCACCACCACCACCACCACGGCGCGAGGCGCGAGCGAGAGCGCAUAAACACCCUCGAGGCAAUCGACAUCAUCACGUCCGCGUGGAGCGCUAUCCCGCCGCGCAUCGUCCUGCAGUGCUGGCAGGCCGCCGCCAUCUGCGAGGACCUGGCGCUCAUGGAUCUCGGCGGCUCGCCCGCCGAGUACGUCGAGGUGCAGCGGCGGGCGUGUCUGGGCGUGCUGCAGCGGCUGCAGCCGCGGCAGGAGCUGGCACGGGAGGUCAUGGAGGCGUUUUGGGGCGCGGAGGAGGAGAUACCGGGGUGCGAGGGCGGCAAGGUGGAGGUGCCGGAUGUGGUGAGGAUUGUGGAUGAGUGUGUUGCGGCGGGGAUCCUACGGCGCGGGGUGGAGGGGAUGGAGCUGCAGGAUGGGGAGGAGGGGGAGGAGGAGGAGGAGGAGGGUGCGGGUGCGGGUGUGGGUGCGGGUGCGGCGGUGGGGGAGGGGGUGACGGAGAUUAUUGGGCAUCGCGUGGCGAUCCAGUAUUUGGCGGAGGUGAAUAGGUAUCUGAGGAGCUUGCCGGUCAGUGUGUUGAAGACGCCGAUGGGGAAGGAGGUGGCUGUGAGUGAGGCGAUUAGCAGCAAUAUGUUGGUGAUGGCGGGGAUUCCGCAACAGUUCCGAAAACGCAAAGCAGAGAGUAUGGCCGGCGGAGGACUAGGAGGAGGACUAGGAGGAGAGAGCGGCGCCAGCGCCGGUGGUGGUGCAGCGGACGCGGGCGCGGGCGCGGGCGCUGGCGCUGAUAUCGCCGUGUACACCAGCCGUUUCUUGUAA